AUGGAAACUCUACGUAAGUCCACAGAGCCUCCUCACGGCUUAGUGUCAUUCGGGAAUUCACUGCUAACAAUGAAUUUUGGGAACUUGAUGCCGGAUGAUAUCCUUUUUGUUUGCGACUCCAUUCUACGGUCGGCGUUCCGUGACUCGCUCGGCAACGUGGCUGGAGAUAAGUAUGUCUACAAAAAUUCGAACUUUUAUGGUAUCAAUCUCAUUCUAAAAGGUCUAGCCUUCUCCUCAGCUUUUAUGACUGUUUUGUAG